GCCAAGCUUGCCGAGCUAGCCAGGGUUAGCGGCUUAUCGACGCCGCCUGCUACAUUUGGGGGCAUCUGCUUAUCGCUAUCGGCCUGGCAGAACUUCCAGAAUUUCGGGAGCAAAGGUUUCUGGGUCUCGACUCUCGAGUCAACCCUGAACACCACCCGGGAACUCGUGAGGCCCGGCCCAAGUAAGAUGGCGGCCGAAACAGGGAAAAGCCCACAGUCGGCCGACGACCUCCUCAGAGCUACGAGAAUCCUGGACCAGACCGGCCCAGAGUCUCUCCCCGACACCCUCAAGAAUCUGUGGCGCCUACUCUCGAGCUCACCAGUCACCUCUCCAGUCGGUGCCUUCCAUGCCCCGUCAGAGCUCAUCCUGCGAUGGAUCCUCAAGAACAUGAACGGCAAGUCUGCCGAGGCAGAGCAGUUCCGCCGAUAUCCUAUGGCCUGGGUCGUCAUGGCCUGCGUCUUGACCAGGAUGCCUCUCUUUGCUCUUUCAACGUCACUCAUCGACCGGCGAUUCAUUUCCAUCCUCCAGCAAACCCUCAAGGAAAUAUCAGACCCGCACGAUCAGGACGGCGCGUCCUCCGACGUGGACAUGGCGGACGGCACAACUUCUCCCAAGGCGGAUUCGAAAAAGAGAAAACGGUCUCCCGAGCUGCAAUUUGACCUCUUGAUGCUUCGGAAGCCACUUGGCUGCUUGCAGACGGCGGACUGUCUGUUCGGUGCCCUUGAGAAACUCCUGGCCAGGCUCAAGGACGUCCCGGUGGAUGCACCCUCCAACGUCCGCAUGGGGGCUGAGCACCUCAAGGCCAUGUUCUAUAUUCCAGCCAAGGAAGCUGUUGAGAUCAUCCGGCCGAUGCUGUCAAUCUGUGGCAACGCCCUGAACGAGCAAGAUUCAGAGACAUCUGAAACCCGACCUAAAUGGACCACUGUCCUCAGCGACCUGUGGGACCUUCAUCCUAAAACCGCCAGCGAUGCUGCUGAUGUGGCCGUUUCUCUUUACCCCAUCGGCUUCAUCAUCCUAGCCAAGAUGGACCGUUCCAAAGACCUGGUCGUCAGUGCUCGCGUCAAGGCCAGCUGGACAAAGUCUCUGCGACGAUUCUUUGUGAAGAACAUGAUCCUACCUGCAAGGGCUGCCUUCCUGCACAGAAAAGACGUGGCCAUAAUACAAGAAGCUGUGAAUAUGACCAGCUCUCUGCCCACAGCUUCAUACCCUGUGUUGUUCAGCCUCGCCGUCUCACCUACAGGGGUAACCGAUGAUGCUAGUGGGCGGAAGGACUACCAGGACUGGUCUCAAAAGGUAUUCGAGAUCAUCGAGGAGUCCAUGCGCACUGCGGAACCUACCAGGCGAAACGAGGCAAUGAAGGUCGUGCUCGGUACAGCCCUACAGAACAAGGCCAGCAUCUCCCUGGACAGCUUGCGCGAGGUCUGCAGGCAAUAUACGUCCGAAAGUGGGGCAGUUGAUCUGAGCCUCGUUCCCAGGGUGGCGGAUAUUGACGUUGAUGCUUUUCUGAUCUCGUCCGAGGGACAGUCUUUACUCGACGAUGUCCUCGCGCAGAUCACAAUUUUGUGUGACGCAGAAUUGAACGCCUCUAACGAGACUGACCUGGUCAAGUUUGUCGUGUCGCUCGCAGAAGGCUCUGCCAAGGCACGCAAUCUUCCGUGGUUCAUAAGGAAGUGGACAGAGGUUCUGUCGGAAAGUCUGGCCAAAGAUGAUGAUUUCACCAUUGUAAAGGGAAUUUGGACCAGCGAGCAGGUCGUUGAGGCCGUUGCAAAUCUCCUGCAACCGUCCAUCAACACGUCUCAAUUAGCCACUCUGAUCGAGUGGCUGGAGAGCAGUGGGGGCUCCCGGAAGAAUGGGUCUCUUCUUGUCGUCCUCGAUGCGAUGACCAAAGGCCUGAUCGAUGAAGAAUACGUCGACAGCGUGGGAACUCGGCUGUUCGAUCUUGCUUGCAAGGUUAAGCUGAAGCAUCUCGACGGUGUUACGAAGGCGCGGUGGUGGCGUAUUGUUGAGAGAACGGUCUCGCAAUCGGAGCUAGGGGUCGUUGUCACUCUCUGGCACAAGAUCGAGUCGGACCUGAAGAAAGCACUGAAGAAGGAGGAUCUGGCAGACCCUGCGGCAAUCGCAGCUUUCCGCUGCUGUACCGCAUUCUGGCUGGCAAACUACCCCAAGGGUCCCCUUGAGUCCGAGACUUCGGCCAUGGCCUGGACCUUCGUGAAGAGGCUGCAGAAGGGUGAACAGAAAGCCGCAGAAGCAGACGACACCAGGUUAGCUUUCUACGACGUACGCCGGCUGGUCGAUCUCGCCGCCUCCUCGGACUUUAGUGGUGACUUCCUUGCGGGGUUGCUUGCAUGCUUGGACAAGGCGGAUCCUUCAAACCACUCAGUGCAGUCCUUGUUGUUGAACGAAGCCAGUCUGGGCAACUACAAGUACCUCAAUGCCCUCGUGAGCCAUGCCAUCGGCACGCUCGCACGAGAAGAGGCCGACAAGUCGAAGCGUACCAAGCGACAGGUGGACGCGGCUAUUCACAUCUUGCUUGAUCUGCCACCGGGAACGCUCAGUCGUGAACAGCGGGAGAAGAUUCUGCCAUCGCUGUUGCGUUUAGUCGACUUCCAAGAGGGCACGGAUGUGGAAACGACAACCAGUCUCUUGAGUUUGAUGAUCAAAGUCAUGAAACGGCCGACAUACUACGAAGGCAUGAAUUUCGCCGACCUGGUUACUUUGGGGCAGAACAUUGAGACUGGCAUCACAUCCAAAGAGCCGCACGUUCUAUCUGCCGACAAUGCUUACAAGUUAUUGAAACUCUUUGAGGCUUUGGCAUCAAUCACGCUGAAGCAGAUGACCUCCUCUUGGGAGGAAAGAGAUCGAGUCUAUCUGUCGGAAGUUUCCCGCAUCGUGUUAGGCUGGCCUGCGAAGGCCGCCGACGAUGAGGCACAUCGGUAUAUCCUACUCAGAGCCCUCGUCAGCGCCCUGCAAAACUCAAAGGUCAAGCAGCAGGCCAAGGCUGUGGUUGAUCCAGCUCAGUUGACGGAGAAACUGUCCUCAAUGCUCUCGGAUGCCCUAGUCUCUAGUGACCUACACGGUCUCUACGAGAAGACAACCGGAGCAAACAUUGUAAUUAUAGUAGGGAAGAAACCACCCCUUUCGCCAAGUUUCAGCUACGUCCUGAUCGAGCAGCUUGAUAUCCUCGACCCGAUUGCUGUCCGGGCAAGCCUCCUGCCGUCCAAGGAAAAGCUCGAGCACGUGAGCGACGAACUUUGCAGCAGGGGCUUCAGAUCCGGAUGGCGGCUUAAGGAGUUGCUCUUCAAGACAUUCGGCGGACACGCCAAGGACCCUCUACACACGUCUGACGAUGUUGCGGUUUGGAGGCCACAUGCGGACCGUUCGGUGCCACGCCCGCUACUCGCCAGUCAAAACGACAUUACCCGGUACGUCGAUGUUGUGCUGAUGCACAUGGAUGAAGAGGCAAGAGCCAGCUACGCAGGGACGAUCAGUCAGAAGCUACGCGAGGGCCAUGGGAUCAGUGGACAUAUCAUCGCCAUCCACCGGCUUCUGCAGGCCGAGAGCAAAUCCUCGCUUGGACUCUUUGCUGGCCUCAUAGAGUGGAAGACAGUCCAAUAUCAACUCGCACGACGACUGCCCAAGUCAAAAAACUGGGCCGAGUUUUCAGUCAUCGCCAAGACCGCAGAAAUGGUCCUCGAGAAGAAGCCAAUGAAGCAAGACAAUAUUGAAUUCACGUUGGAAACCGUUUCCACAAUCUGCACGGGCGGGCCAACGAUGUUGGACGAAGCUCACGCAUCCGAGAAAGCCUACCCAUGGCUCUGCGGCCUCGUCGAGGUCAUCAUCAAGCGACACCGCCACCGACUCGAAGGACACUUCCACCUCCUCACCGCAGCCCUCCAGGCCCUCCUCCGCCUUCUCAUCAUCCCAUGGCCAACCACCUCCACCACCUCCACUACCCCCACCACCCCGUCUUCCCUCCCCAAAACCACCAGCACAUCCUCCCCACCCGACCAGGAAGCCCAGGCCGCACGCUUCUCCCGCCUCCUAACCCUCAUCUGCGAACCAAGCGUCGCCUCCGUGACGCGGGGCCAGAACCCGGGGGCGCUGGACUCGGCGCCCGAGGCGGCCAAGAAGUCGGCCGCCCACCACAUGCCCCUGGUGCUGGCGGGCUACAUCAAGCUGCAGCUCGAGCGGCCCGUGCAGCCCCGCGUGCGCGCGGCCCUCGACACGGGCCUGUACUCGGUGCUGGACAUCACGCCGCCCGAGGGCAGGCGGGCCGUCAACGAGGCGCUCGACGCGAGCGGGCGGGCCAUCUUCCGGGAGAUGUACAAGCAGUACGUCAGGUUUGGGAAGUGGAAUGGGGUCUAGAGGGGGGAUGUGAGAGGGGGGAGAGAGCUCUCCACUCCCGGUGUGCCCAGGGAAGGGAGGAGGCGUUUCGUUCCUCCUGGCGCGGAAGACUCUGGCAGCGGUGUCUCCUGCCCAGCACUGGGUCCGCCAUGCUUUGCGCGCGCGCGCGCUCAAUAGUUCCAUGAUAUCCAAAUACAGUUCUGUAUCUACGCACGCAGUCUCCUGCAAAUCGAACAUGUCUCCAUUGUGACACAGUCCGGCCAAAGUGAAUCAUCCCUUCCCGAGUCCUCGGAGCACUCCGACGACCGUUUGGCCCCCCCCCC